CUCGAUGUAUCAAUAUUUUGUGUUCUGAAAAUCAAGGACAUAAUAAAGGGCAUUUUCGUCAUUAAUCACCGCAAUCGACCAAAUUCUGCCUGGGUUUUCCUUCCAAGUGAACCAUCUUUCUCUCUUCUAUGCUCCCUGAGAAACCAACUGAAACCCUAGAAAUUUACAGUGAUUCAAUUCGAUUAAGUUCGGCUCACACCACGAAAUGGGUCGACCCGAACCCUGCGUGCUCUUUGCUCAGACAUUUGUUCACCCGAACCUCAUGGAAUACGUCGACGAGGUGUUAUUUACAGAGCCUGUAGUCAUCACUGCUUGUGAGUUUCUCGAGCAAAAUGCUUCGUCAGCUUGUUCUGCAGUGAAACUUAUGGGGGCCACUUCACCUCCCUCAUUUGCAUUGGAGGUUUUUGUUCACUGUGAAGGGGAAGCAAGGUUUAGGCGGUUAUGUCAGCCCUGUCUGUAUUCUCAUUCAUCAUCAAAUGUACUUGAAUUAGAGUCUGUGGUGACAAACCAUCUGGUCAUAAGGGGCAGCUAUCGCAGCUUAAGUAUGGUCAUAUACGGGAACACAGCUGAAGAUUUGGGCCAAUUCAACAUAGAAGUUGACCUGGAUGGCACAUUGACAGAUAAUGUCAGUGCUAUUGAGGGAAAACUUGAGGACCUUCCUCCUGCAUUUCGUCCCAUGAAACCAACAAUUGAGGAACUUGUAUUUCCCCUGAAAAUAUUGUCCCAAUCAGUCAUUGCGUUGGAUAUACCUCUUGAAAUAAAGAAAUUUUUAUAUCUAGCUUUUCAGACUUUGGAGUCUCCUGACCUUGGGGCGGUUGCUGAUAAAGUUCUUAGUUCCAUGUUAUCUGUGGCCUCGAUUUAUGCAACUCCUUACCUGUCUCAUGAGACCAUUAAUCAGAAGAAAUUUGGUAUAGAUAUACUGAAAAGUAACGGCGAGGCUCAUCAAGUUCUUACUGAAGCUCGGAAGGAACUUUCCGACAUUUUUAAAGGCCUUCGAGAUCAAUCUGAAGGUUCAGAUAGCUUAUGUUUUGAAUACGAGGUUCCCACUUCCAAAGAGUUGGUGGACACUUUAUACAAGCACUUUGAUUUUUGUGGCAACUAUGGAAAUUUUGGAUAUCCCCAACUUUCACGGAAUAAGAACACCAUAAUGUUGUUGAGUAUGGCUCUUUUGCUGUGCUCUGCUAAGGAGAGCUGCUUUCACUUUGUUAAUUUUGGUGGUAUGAAGCAGCUUGGAUAUGCUUUCACCCAGAUGACUCGGAAUUCUACUACUAUUACAAUCUUGUUGCUUGGAGUUAUUGAGCAGGCUACUCGGCAUUCAAUUGGCUGUGAAGGGUUCCUAGGAUGGUGGCCUCGUGCAGAUGAAAGCAUCCCUUCUGGUAUUAGUGAUGGUUAUAAUCAGUUGUUGAGGUUGUUGUUGCAGAAUCAGAAGCAUGAUAUUGCUUCACUUGCAACUUAUAUACUUCAUCGUUUGCGUUUUUAUGAAGUUGCUUGCAGAUAUGAGCAUGCAAUAGUAUCAGUUCUGGGGAUUAAUUCUUCAGUUGCUCAUGCUACAAAUUUCACUUUGAACAUGCUUGCCAGUGCUAAAGCUCAACUUAAAAAGCUCUUGAAAUUGAUAAAUUUGUGUGGCCCAAUUGAAGACCCUUCUCCAAUGGCUGCUGCAAGCAGAUUAUAUAUCUUUGAUGAUGCUGGACUAUUGUCAUAUAGCUCAACAAGUGGCUUGAUUAAACUCUCAAAUUGUUGCUUUUCAAAUUGGGACAUUGACCCACAUUUGCUUUCCCUUCUCAAGGAGAGAGGCUUCCUUCCUUUGUCAGCUGCUUUGCUGUCAUCUUCUAUCUUGAGAUCUGAAACAGGGCAUGCUUUGGACUUAUUAUUAGAUAUUGUGUCACUUAUCGAAGCUAUAAUACUCUCACUCUUCUUUUGUCGCUCAGGAUUAACUUUUCUUCUACAUGACCCUGAAGUCUCCAGCUUGAUCAUUCAUGCCUUGCGAGGUGUGGAUGAUAUUAGGAAGGAAGACUCUAUUUCUCUUCGGUAUGCCUCUGUCCUGAUAUCGAAGAAUUUUGUUUGUCACCCGCAGGAAGUUAGCAUGAUCAUCGAGAUGCAUGUUAGGGCGAUAAAUGCUGUAGAUAAUUUACUUACAUUGGCUCCAGCUACUGAAGAAUAUCUAUGGGUACUGUGGGAUCUUUGUCGCCUUUCACGCUCCGAGUGUGGACGCCAGUCUCUGUUGGCUUUGGUGAAUUUUCCAGAGGCUCUUUCAGUUUUGAUGGAUGCAUUGCAUUUUGGAAGGGAACUGGAUCCAAUUGCAGGAGUAUCACCAUUAAGCCUGGCAAUCUUUCAUGCAGCAGCGGAGAUUCUUGAAGUUAUUAUUACUGAUUCAACUGCAUCUUCUCUAGCAUAUUGGAUAGAUCAUGCUAAGGAACUUCACAGGGUAUUACAUUCCUCCUCACCAGGCUCCAACAAGAAAGAUGCGCCUGCACGGCUUCUUGAGUGGAUAGAUGCCGGGGUAGUUUACCAGAGAAAUGGGGCCAUUGGUCUCUUACGUUAUGCUGCUGUGUUGGCUUCUGGAGGGGAUGCUCACAUGGCCGCAAAUAGUGUUCUAGCAUCUGAUGUGAUGGAUGUUGAUAACGUAGUUGGAGAUUCUUCCAGCAAUUCUGAUGGUCACAUUAUUGAUAAUUUACUUGGAAAACGUAUUACGGAGAAGGAUUUUGCUGGUGUCAUUCUUCGUGAUUCCUCUGUUGCUCAAUUGACUACGACAUUUCGAAUUUUAGCAUUUAUUUCAGAUAAUUCGGAUGUUGCUGCUGCUCUCUAUGAUGAAGGAGCUGUCAUGGUUAUCCAUGCUGUAAUGAUGAACUGUAAACUCAUGCUUGAAAGGACAUCCAACAUUUACGAUUAUUUAGUUGAUGAGGGUACAGAGGACAAUACAACUUCAGAUUUACUGCUGGAACGUAAUCGUGAGAAGAGCCUCGUUGACCUGUUGAUUCCAUCUUUGGUCCUGCUGAUUAAUCUGUUGCAGAAAUUAGAGGAAGCCAAGGAGCAACACAGGAAUACAAAGCUAAUGAACGCUCUUCUACAAUUACAUCGAGAAGUGAGCCCCAAAUUAGCAGCGUGUGCUGCAGACUUAUGCUAUCCUUGUCCCAAUUCUGCACUUGGUUUUGAAGCUGUGUGCCAUCUCCUUGCAUCAGCUAUAGCAUGUUGGCCGGUGUAUGGUUGGACUCCUGGCCUUUUUCACUUCCUCCUCGACAAUCUUCAUACAACUUCUGUACUGGCACUGGGCCCGAAGGAAACCUGUAGUUUACUUUGUCUACUGAAUGAUUUGUUUCCAGAUGAAAGUAUCUGGCUGUGGGAGAAUGGAACGCCUAUGUUGACUGCUCUCAGAUCAUUGUCUGUGGGGACAUUGUUGGGAUCUCAGAAAGAGAAACGUAUAAACUGGUAUUUACUUUCUGGACACCCCGAGAAGCUGGUUUGUCAAUUAUCACCACAGCUUGUGAAGCUGGCAGAAGUUGUUGUGCAUUGUUCUAUCAGUACGUCAGUUGUCAUACAAGAUAUGCUGCGAGUCUUCAUAAUCCGUAUUGCAAACUUAAAUAUGGAUAAUGCUUCAGUACUGCUUCAACCUAUCAUAUUGUGGAUCUCUCAUCGCCUUUCAGAACCCUUGGCAUUGUCUGAUGUGGAUGCUUACAAGGGCUAUCGAUUGCUGAGUUUUCUUGGUAGCUUAUUGGAACAUCCCAAUGGAAAGUCAUUAUUGUUGAAGGACGGUGGUAUUCAGAUGCUCAUGAAAGUGCUUGAAAGGUGUAUUAGUGCAGCUAAAUCAGAUGUAAAGCAGUUCCCAGAAAACAGAAAUGUAGCUAAAGAUGAAUUUUCUUUACUUAGUUGGUGUGUACCUGUAUUUAAGUCUAUCUCUUUAAUUAGUGAUUCUCGAGCUUCUGUGCAAUAUGCUGGAGCUAAUGGAAGGUGUAUUCGCAAGAGUUUGACAGCUGAAGAAUACAUCAAACUUCUGUCCUAUCUCCUUAAAUUUUCCAUGGUAUGUUUCUGAUUUAUUAUAUGCAUC